GCCGGCAAGUGAUGACGAGAGGGAGAGGGAGAGAGAGAGAGAGAGAAGGGCAGAGGGGUAUAGAAGGAUACAGAGAGAUAAUCAGGGCAAGGAGACAGAGGAACAGAGAGAGGGUCGGACGGAGGGACGGAGGGAGUGAGUGCUCCUCUGCGGGAUCAGUGUCGGCACAUCCCUCUCUCUCUCUCUCUCUGGGCUCUCUCUCUUCUGGGUGUCCGUUUACCGGCGGAUCCAAUAUGUUCUCCGUCCACAUCUCCAAUACCCUCUGCCCCUGAACUGAGCUAAGAGGCUGCACUGCUGGAAUUGAAACAGUGUGUGGACAUUAUGGACAAGUUCCUGAGAGAGGGUUCCUCUUUAUGGCUUCGAGUGAGAGACCAGCUGCUCCCAAGCAGUGUCAGCUGUACCUCCAAUGGGAUCAUCCUACUCACAACUGAAUACGGAGAGGUUUUUUCAUUUGAACUGGCUGAACUUUCUGGAGAGGUUGUUAUCCCAAUGCAUCAGACCAGUGUUGACGGAGUGGACGACAUGUCAAGUCUCAUGGAUCUCCAUGAAGCUGCUAUUCUGUACAACCUCUUUCUCCGAUACAAACAGGAUAAGAUCUAUACUAACAUAGGCUCCAUCCUGACUGCAGUGAAUCCCUACAAAUGCAUCGAGGGCCUGUACAGUGCCAACACAGUGGAGUUAUACAGCAAACACCAGCUCGGAGAACUACCUCCGCACAUCUUUGCAAUCGCCAAUGAGUGUUACCACUGCCUGUGGAAACGCCAGGAUAGUCAAUGCAUUCUCAUCAGUGGUGAAAGUGGAGCUGGUAAGACGGAAAGUACAAAGUUACUGCUUCAGUUUCUGUCUGUAACAAGCCAGAGAUCGCUGGGAGGCUCAUCUCAAGAGAGGAGCACGCAUGUGGAACAAGCCAUCCUGGGGAGCAGCCCGGUCAUGGAAGCCUUUGGAAAUGCCAGGACUGUUUACAACAACAACUCCAGCCGAUUUGGGAAAUUCAUCCAGCUUCACUUUUCUCAGAAUGGAAACAUUCAGGGAGGUGCCAUUGUUGACUAUUUACUGGAAAAGAACCGAGUGGUCAGACAGAAUCCAGCUGAAAGGAAUUACCAUAUUUUCUACGCUCUGCUGGCUGGAACCGACUCACAGCAGAAAGAGGCCUUGUACCUGUCAGACCUGGAAUCCUAUCAUUACCUGAGGAAGUCCGGUUGUGUGAACAACAAAAAUCUGGACGACAAACUGAUGUUUGAGAAAGUCAUGGCUGCUUUCUCGGUCAUGGAGUUUGACAGUGAGGAGAUCCAUGAUAUUUUCAAGUUGCUGUCUGGAGUUUUACAGCUUGGAAAUAUUGAGUUCAUCACGGCCGGAGGUGCCCAGAUAACAACCAAAGAAGUGCUCAGCAAUGUCAGUGAUUUGUUGGGUUUGGAUUCUUUCCAACUGGCGGAGUUGCUGACCCAGAGAUCGAUUAUUCUGCGAGGAGAGGAGAUCAGCACCCCCCUCACCAUAGAGCAAGCUGCUGACUCCCGGGAUUCCAUGGCCAUGGCACUCUAUUCCCAGUGCUUUUCCUGGAUCAUUAGGAAAAUUAACACAAAGAUCAAAGGAAAGGAGAGUUUCAAAUCCAUCGCCAUCCUUGACAUCUUUGGUUUUGAAAACUUUGAGAUUAAUCGGUUUGAACAAUUCAAUAUUAACUAUGCCAAUGAGAAACUGCAGGAAUAUUUCAACAAACACAUCUUCUCCUUGGAGCAGCUGGAGUAUAACAGAGAAGGAAUGAGUUGGGAAGCAAUUGAUUGGAUGGAUAAUGCCGAGUGUUUAGACCUGAUUGAAAAGAAGCUGGGCGUCCUUGCUCUGAUCAAUGAAGAGAGUCGGUUUCCAAAAGGCACUGACUGCACACUGCUUGAGAAGUUACACACUCAGCACCAGUGUAACUCAUUCUAUGUGAAACCACGGGUAACUGAUGACCAGUUUGGGAUAAGACAUUAUGCUGGUGAGGUCAUGUACGAUGUUCACGGGUUCCUGGAGAAGAACAGGGACACUUUUCGAGAUGACAUUCUAAACCUCCUGAAGGAUAGCCGGCUGGAUUUUAUAUACGAUUUGUUUGAGCGAGUUUACAGUCGUAAUAAUGGUGAUGACACAAUGAAGAUGGGAACACAGCGGCGCAAACCAACUGUUAGCUCCCAGUUCCGGGACUCUCUGCACUCACUCAUGGCAACCCUCAGCUCUUCAAAUCCCUUUUUCAUUCGCUGCAUCAAACCCAACAAUCAAAAGAGGCCGGAACUGUUUGAUGAGGGAUUUGUUCGGAACCAGCUACGUUAUUCUGGGAUGCUUGAAAUGGUGAAAAUUCGACGUGCAGGAUUCCCGGUCCGACGACCUUUCCAGGAAUUUUAUCUGAGGUACAAGAUGCUCCUGAAAAAUCCUAAGAUCCCGGAGGAUGGGAAGGAGCGCUGCACAAUGCUGCUAAAACUCUAUGAUGGGACCAAUUCUCACUGGCGUAUGGGAAAGUCCAAGGUUUUUUUGAAGGAAGCUUUGGAACAGAAACUGGAGAAGGUUCGAGGAGAGGAGUUGCGGAGAGCAGCCAUGGUGGUACGGGCUCAUAUCAUGGGCUAUCAGGCAAGGAGACACUACCGCAAGGUGCUGGCGAGCUUACUGAUCAUUCAGAAGAAUUACCGAGCUCACUUCUGGAGAAAAGUCUUCUUACGUUUGCGCUCGGCAGCAAUUGUUUUCCAGAAACAUCGCAGAGGGCAGCUCGCACGCCGUGUGUUCCUGCAGCUGAAAGCAAAAAAGCAGCUGUUAGAGGAGCAACAGCAAGAGCAGGAAGAACAGAGAAGGAGAGAUGAGGAGAACAGACUGGACUGGCAAGAGGAGAACCAAGGGCAGCUGGCCGACGAGGAGAACCCGCAGCAAGUGGAUGGAGUAAGAUGUCAUGAAAGGCAGGAAGUACCAUUAUCACCCAACCAGCUGAAUGAAGGGAUUGUGUUGGUGGAGGAGGAGAAUGAUGUCGAGGCGCUGUCGGAUUUGGCACAGGCAGAAAGGAAACAGAUUCAGGAGAUAGUGCGUCUCGAGCAUGAAAUCCAACGGUUACAGAAUGGGAGGGGAUUGAGCUGUGGGAGUCCCAUCUGUGCUCUAUCCCUGAGGGAGAUGGAGAGUCAACGUAAGGAGGAGAUAAGACGCUUAGAGAAGGAAGCCUCCAGGGUGGCACAGGAAUUCUUGGAGCUGCUGAACUUCGGAGGGUUGGACGAGAGUGGCCGGAGUCUAUCCAGUAGGGACAAUCUCCACAGCAAUAGCUCCUCUGGGCAGCAUCCUAAGCAAGACCUGGACAAGGAAUUUCAAACUGCUGAGGAGAUGUCAACAGUGACCUGUACAGAUCAGCCUGAUGGGUCAGUGAGUGAAGUGCAGGACAAUGUGUACAUGAACCUACCUUUAUCCAGUGAAACACCAGAGGAGAGAGAUACUUCCCAGGAUGGGGGAAGCAGGAAACAGGGUCUGGAGUGGGAGAGUGAGGAAAUUGCAAACACUGGGUCUGGCUCUCUCUACACAACUGACAUUGAAGAACCAAUUUACAAUCUUCCCCCUGACGUUGAGUCAGAUUAUGAUCACGAUGAGUUUGAUGAUCCAGUCACAAGUCAGUCACAAGACAGUUUGAAAAUAUCCAGCUUUAAUCCCAGGAGCGUGGAGAUGUAUCAUUGCAGUACUGACUCGUUCAUGGACAGUGAGGAGGAGCUUGACCUUCGAGCAGAUACUGAUGAAGAGUUCAACACUUGUCGAAUGCCCAUUACCAGCGGGUCCAGGGCCCCAUACUUCCAUGGUUACCUCUACAUGAAAGGAGGCCUGAUGAUCCCGUGGAAACGACGCUGGUGUGUGCUGAAGGAUGAGACCUUCAUGUGGUUUCGUGCCAAGCAGGAGGCCCUUAAGUCAGGCUGGCUGUACAAGAAAGGUGGUGGAAUGUCCACACUGUCCCGCAGGAACUGGAAACGCCGCUGGUUUGUGCUGCGAGAAACCCGACUCAUGUAUUUUGAGAAUGAUAGUGAAGAGAAGCUGAAAGGGACGAUCGAUAUCCGAGGGGCAAGAGAAAUUGUGGACAAUGGAGAGAAGGAAAAUGCUCUAGAUGUGGUGACAGAUGAGAGGAUCUAUCACAUCGUCGCUGAGUCUCCUCAGGAUGCCAGUGAUUGGUUCAAUGUACUGAGUGGCGUUCAUAGUGCAACACAGCAGCAGCUGCGAGAGAUGCGCGAUGAACAGGCAAAUCCAAAGAACGCAGUGGGCACUGUGGAUGUUGGAUUGAUUGAGUCCGUGUGUGCCUCUGACAACCCUGACAGACCAAAUUCUUUUGUCAUUAUCUUGGCGACCCGUGUGAUUCACUGUAACUCUGUCAGUCCGGAAGAAAUGCAUCACUGGAUAUCCCUGCUUCAGAAAUCCAAGGGAGAGGCCAUGAAUCUGGGACAAGAAUUCAUUGUUCGUGGGUGGCUGCAUAAAGAGAUGAGGAGUAGUGGGAAAACCUCGUCAUUGAAACUGAAGAAACGUUGGUUUUUGCUGAACAGUAACUCACUGGAUUAUUACAAAUCUGCUGAACGAAACUCAACCAAGUUGGGCACCUUGGUAUUGAACAGUCUCUGCUCUGUCAUUCAACCUGACGAUAAAACCUUCAGAGAAACAGGUUACUGGCACUUUGUGGUUCACGGAAGGAAACAUUCCUAUCGGCUUUACACCAAGUUACUGACUGAGGCCACGCGCUGGGCGAGUGCCAUUCAGAACGUCAUUGACAGCAAAGUUCCCAUAGAAACCCCAACGCAGCAGCUGAUUCGUGACAUCAAGGAGAACAGUGUAAAUGUGGAAAUUGUGGACCAGAUUUACAGAAGGAACCCAAUCCUACGUUAUACCCAACAUCCUCUGCACUCCCCUCUUUUACCAUUGCUCUAUGGAGACAUCAAUCCCAGCUUGCAAAAAGAGAAAGGAUACACAAAUUUACAGGACGAAGCUGUCAGGAUCUUCCAUUCUCUGCAAGAACUUGAGGCCAUCUCCGAUCCUAUUCCCAUCAUCCAGGGAAUCCUGCAAACCUGCCAGGACCUCAGAUCGCUGCGGGAUGAGGUUUACUGUCAGCUCAUCAAACAAACCAGCCACAUGCCUCACCCAAACAGCACUGGGAACCUUCACCACUGUCGGCUGCUCAGCUGCAUGAGCUGCACCUUCCUGCCCAGCCGCACCAUCCUUCGCUACCUCAAGUUCCACCUGAAGAGGAUUAGGGAGCAGUUCCUGGGAACAGAAAUUGAGAAAUAUGCCCACUUCAUUAACGAAUCUCUAAAGAAAACCAAAGUGCGGGAGUUUGUGCCGUCCCAGGAAGAGAUUCAGGCAUUGAUUGGUCGGCAGGAGAUGGUGACGACUGUUUACUGUCAUGGUGGGGGAGCUUGUAAAAUCACCAUCAACUCACACACAACAGCGGGAGAGGUUGUCGAGAAGUUAAUCCGUGGCCUGGCGAUGGAGAACAGCAGGAAUAUGUUCGCUCUCUUUGAACACAGUGAGGAUGGUGACAAGGCGAUCGAGAGCCGGGUCAUUGUCGCUGAUAUUUUGGCGAAAUUCGAGAGGCUGGAACUCGGUGCUGAGGGCGGCCCCAGGCUCUCUGGUCUCUACUUCAAGCUCUACUGCUUCCUGGAUGUGGAGAAUGUGGCGAAGAAUGGUGUGGAGUUUGCCUUCAUGUUUGAACAGGCUCAUGAGAGUUUACUCAGUGGACAUUUCCCUGCCCCCGAGGAUACUUUGCAGCUUUUAGCAGCUUUGAGACUGCAAUACAUUCAUGGAGAUUUCAACAAGGGCUCCUUGAAUCUCCAAGAAGUUUAUCCUGUCUCCAAGCUGAGAAACAAGAUCUUGCAAUCCACAAAAUUCAACUCUCAGACUCUGAAGCGGAGGACCAGUUUUCUGGAGGGGACUUUGCGCUUUGGCCUUCGCACAGGCUCCGUGAAGAAGCAAAAGAUGGAAGAAGAGCAAAUGUUGGAGAUGUGGUUGAAAGAAGAACUGUCUGCUACUCGCACAAGCAUUGCUGAUAAGUGGAAAAGGCUUCGGGGUAUGACUCAGCAGCAAGCCAUGCUGAGGUACAUGGCCAUUAUGAUGGAGUGGCCGGGCUAUGGUUCCACUCUCUUUGAUGUCGAGUGUAAGGAGGGUGGAUUUCCCAAUGAGCUGUGGUUGGGUGUCAGUGCUGAGAACGUGUCAAUCUACAAACGCGGUGAUGCCCGGCCUCUGGAAACCUUCCAGUACGAACAUAUUGUUUUCUUCGGUGCUCCGCUCCCAAACACCUACAAGAUAACAGUGGACGAGAGGGAAAUGUUUUUCGAGACUCCACAGGUGGGUGAAAUCACAAAGAUAAUGAAGGGCUACAUCAACACGAUUGUGAAGAAACGAUACAGCAUCAAGUCUGUCGUCACUAAUCACAGUGAGGCCAGUGCCUGGACCAGAUGAGCAGGAACACUCCCCUAGUCCGGUCUCAUUCCUCUCUAUUUUCUCCUCACUCUCCUCUCACCAGCCAAGGAAAGACUGACCAAGGGAGAAAUGAUGGGUCAUUGGCAUGGGCACCUCCAGUUGUGAGACCAAUGGUGGGCAAAGAGCAGUUGGAGGUGGGAGGUCAUGUGAUGAGUUUUCCAGGAGUACAUCCAAUCAAAGUCCAAGAGGAGAGGAGAGGAAAAGCCAGGGUAGAACUGGUCGAGUCCAGACCCAGCCAUUCUCAUUGUCUCCGAGGUCAUCACACUGGCUCGGCCUGCAAUACUGCGGGCAGUGUUGCUGAGAAGAAUACAGCAUGGAAUCGAUGGGUCAAAUAGCCUCUCUUGGUGCUCUGCUAUUCUUUAGCACUUCCUGCUGAUCAAAGAGGUUUCUCUGUCUGUCUUUGUCUUGUUCUCUCUGUAUCUUUAUUGUUUCUCUCUCUCUCUCUCCCUCUCUCUCUUCCCCUCCCUGUCUCUGACUCGAGCAAUCUGUUUCUGGCUGUCUCUCACUCUAUCCUGUCUACCUCCCUCAGUCUUUCUCACUUUCUGUCUGUCACUUUCUUUCCCAAUCUAGCUUUUCUUUCCCUAAUGAUUUGUGACUGGCUUUACAAAGCAAUUCCUCGAAUGUACCAAUUUAUUUAAACACUGUAUUGAGAUUGGACAGAUUGAAGGAGAUUCUGCAGCUGCUCAACAUCACAAAAUAACCAAAUAUCCCAAAUUAGAGUUUUGUAAGC